AUGGGGGCGCCCAUUCCCCCCGCCGAGGCCUAUGUCACGGUAGGUGACAUCUCCGUCCGAGUAGGGGACCGAUUAAAAUACCUCGGUCUCUACCUGGACGCGGCUUGGAGUUUUGGCGGGCACUUUGAGCGCCUGGUCCCCAGGGUGGAGUCGGUGGCUAUUAGCCUGAGCCAACUCUUGCCCAAUCUUGGGGGCCCGGAUGGCCGAGUGCGCCGCCUAUACGCGAACACUGUCCUGUCGGUGGCCCUUUACGGGUCACCGGUGUGUGCGGACGCCCUGAUGACCAAAAGGCGCAGCAAGAUGUUGCUGCGCCGAGUUUUUCGUAAGGUGGCCAUCAGGGUUGUCCGCGGUUACAGGACGGUGUCGCACACGGCGGCCACAUUAUUGGCGGGGACGCCGCCCGUCGAGCUCUACGCCGAUAUGUACGCCCACGUGUACAGGCGUACGCGGGAGCUCGGCGAGCUAAGCGUGGCGUUGACCCCAAGUUUCAAGGCCGCUGUGAGACUCCAAACCAGGCGACGCGCUUUGGAGAGGUGGGACGAACAUCUUUCCGACCUCCGAGAUACAUUGGGGAGGCGCGUCGUUGAGGUCAUCCGGCCCCAUUUGGUCAAAUGGGCUGAUCGGGCCGGUGGCGAGAUGUCGUACCGUGCGACGCAGGUGUUCACGGGCCAUGGAUGCUUCGGCUCAUACCUGUGUCGCAUCGGGAAAGAGGACAGCGCGCGCUGCCACCAUUGCGGCGGGGACGAGGACACGGCGCAGCACACGCUGCCGCUGUUGAAAACCCUCGUCCACGCUUGUAUGGAGUGA